AGGGGACAAUAAGGAUCUAGAAGUCAGGAAGGGGUUAAAGACAACAGGCAGGCUGGAGGUAAGAAAAGGUGAAAUACAAAUAUUAUCUCCAUUGCGAUUAGAUAUUAUCUGUCGGGCAAGUUGAGGGUUAAAAUAAAGCCGCCCUCUGAAGGGCGUUGGGUCCGGAGUCUCUGCAGCCUACAAACUGGUCUCAUUACCCCAAUAACACAGAGAUGAAAACGUAUAUUCAGCUAAUUGCGAACCUACAAACCCGUCAUUUGUAAAGGGUUAAUCGCAUUGAUUACUAUUGCACAGGGGCAGGUAGAGGUGCAAUCCUUGCGCUGGGCGGGGAGGGAAAAAUGAGACAGAAAAGAGUUAACAGCAGCACCCCCUGGUGGUGGGCGGGGUCGGAGAUCGGGCACCGCCCCCUCCACACUUGUCCCGUAUUGUCAUGUAAAGCAGAGUACCUCCUUGUCAUUGUGCCCAUCCAGCAGGCAGUCUAUUAGAGGCAGCGCCGCGCAUUGCCCAGUUACAGGACAUGUACCUUUAGGAAGAGGAGCCCAGCAAAACCUCCGACAGAACCUUCUCCGCAGCCUCUCCUUCCAGGACCCUCUAUGUACAAAAUGGAUUAUUCCUACCUGAAUUCGUACGAUUCCUGCAUGGCAGCCAUGGAAGCCUCUGCCUAUGCAGACUUCAGUUCCUGCAGCCAACCCAACAGCUUCCAGUACAACCCAAUCCGGAGCAGCUUCACCGCCAACCCAGGGUGCCCACCUCUCACCACUGCCAACUGCACCCUGGGGGCACUGAGGGACCACCAGCCUUCCCCCUACUCCACAGUCCCCUACAAGUUCUUCUCCGACCCGUCCAGCAUCAACGAGAAGAGGAAGCAGCGGAGGAUCCGGACCACCUUCACCAGCUCACAGCUGAAGGAGCUGGAGAGAGUCUUUGCGGAAACCCACUACCCCGAUAUCUACACCCGAGAAGAGCUGGCACUCAAGAUAGACCUGACAGAGGCCCGGGUGCAGGUCUGGUUUCAAAACCGACGCGCCAAAUUCCGCAAGCAGGAGCGAGCGGCCAACUCCAAAUCGGGGAGCAACUCCAGCAGCGGCUCGAGCGGUAAAAAGUCGGACCCCAGGUCCUCCUCCGAGGACGACGAGUCCAAAGAGUCCAACUGCAGCCCGACGCCCGACAGCACGGCCUCCCUGCCCAGCGCCGCCAGCCUCAACAGCCCCAGCCUCAGCCCCAGCCCGAGCGCGGGGGGGAACAACAACAACAACAUGGUGCCGAGCCACGCCGCCCACAGCCUGAAGGCCCCCGUGUGGCCCGGCAUCCCGACCAGCAGCAGCGCCAACACAGCCGACCUCCUCAAAGCCUGGCAGCCGGCCGAAGCCGUCCCCGGACCCUUCGCCGGGGUCCUUUCCACCUUUCACCGGAAACCAAACACCCUAAAAACAAACCUAUUCUAGAAGAAAGCCAGGGGGG